AUGGAAAACAGCACUGUCUCCUUUUACUUUAACCUUACUAUGUUCAUGAACAUUGGACACUAUCGUUAUCUAUCCUUUGUUUUAUUCCUUCUGCUUUACAGUUUUAUUGUGUAUGCUAAUUUUGUCAUGAUAUUGAUCAUAAUAAGGGAACGUUCACUACAUGAGCCCAUGUAUAUUUUCAUUGCAUUUUUAUGUGUCAACUCUCUGUAUGGAUCUGCUGGCUUCUUCCCCAGAUUCCUGAUGGAUCUCCUGUCUGAUAGUCAUUUAAUCUCUCGUCCUGCUUGUUUCACUCAGAUCUACAUUAUUUACUCAUAUGCUUCUUAUGAACUCACCAUUCUAAGCAUAAUGGCCUAUGAUCGAUAUGUUGCUGUCUGCCAUCCCUUGCAUUAUCACAGGAAGAUGAACUCUAAAACUGUGUGUAUUCUGGCAUUUCUGGCCUGGGUCAGUCCAGCCUGUAACCUGACCAUAACCAUCAACAUGAUCGUCAGGCUUCCUCUGUGUGGAAACACGAUACAGAAGGUUUACUGUGCCAGCUGGAAUGUUGUCAAACUAUCCUGCAUUACCGAUGCUGUUAACAGUAUUUUUGCAAUGUUGGGGGCAAUAACCAUAGCAUUCCUCCCCUUUGCUUUUAUCCUAUACACUUAUCUGAGGAUUGUUCUUGCUUGCUGGAGAAAGUCAUCAGAGAUCAGGGGGAAAGUUUUACAGAGCUGCUUACCACAUGUUAUUUCAUUUGCCAUUUAUUCCAUAACAUCGUUUGGUGAUACCGCCCUAAGCCGACAAAAUCAGGAAAACAUGAAUCCAUUUGUGGCCAUAAUUUUGUCUUUAGAGUUUGUUAUUAUUCCUCCAGUUCUGAAUCCUCUUGUGUAUGGAUUGAAAUUACCAGAAAUAAGAAAACACAUUUUCAAGAUAUUUUUCAUUAAAGCUCAAAUGAAGAGGAAGUCACGAACACCGGAUCCUUCAAUUAUUGUUUAA